UCCCGCUCGCUCCCUGCCCACUCCCGAGGGGCUGUUCCGUGGCGCGGCCGCCGCGGCCACCGCUUCUUUCACACUUUAGUUGCGAGCGGCGCGCCGCGCUCAGUGACUGGAGAGCUGGCCGCACGCCGCCUUCCCGCACUCACGCACGCGGGCCCGGCUCCGGGGUUUUCUGCUUUUACUCCAGGCGGCGGGGAGGAGGGGGAGCCCCGGCCACACUGUGGGGAGGAGGAGGACGUGGAAGAGGGAGGAAGAGAACGGGCGAGGAGGCCAGGGGCGGGGGGCGGGGGGCUUGCCACCUUCAGCCCCCCCCGCGAGCGCCCAAGGUGCACGCACUGUGACCAACGCAACGACGAAGUGGAUUUCCUUUGUGUUUAAAGAGAGAAGAAGAAAAAUGUCCCUGUGUCUGUAGAGAUGAUUUGCAGUUCAGCCCGGCUGAAGCUGACCGAAUGAGACUAUGGGCUGUGCCUCUGCCAAGCAUGUUGCUACUGUUCAAAAUGAAGAGGAGGCUCAGAAAGGGAAGAACUACCAGAACGGAGAUGUGUUUGGCGAUGAGUAUAGAAUCAAACCCGUGGAAGAGGUCAAAUACAUGAAAAACGGAGCAGAAGAGGAGCAGAAAAUAGCAGCCAGGAACCAAGAAAACCUGAUUCGACUCUUCGUGCCAUUGGUUCACCGCCUACACGGCGUUAUCUUUUCAUUAAGUUCUCAGACGUGCAUGGUGAAACGCAGAAGUGGUGAUUGGUGCUUCGGCAUGAGUAAGAAGUCACUGAAAAAAGUGCCAGCUCGAAUGCGAGGCUUAAAACUAAUAAAGAAGUCCCUGGAUUGGUCCAUCAACCCAGAGCAAACAUGCACAUCUCUGAAAGCCAACAAGAAUUCUUCAGAAUGCUGGAUGAAAAAAUUGAAAAGGGUCGGGAUUACUGUUCUGAAGAAGAGGAUAUUACAUAGCAUCGGUUCUCCCACUCGGACCAGGAGCUACUACUGUGUAAAUAGGUUACACCCCAGUUGAAACCUUUGCAAAGGUCGGUUCUCUUCGCUGAACAGCACUAUAGCAAACGAAGACCGUUCCAUAUCGUAUGCCCCAUUAAAUUACAGUGUUUCUUAAUGAACCUGCAAAGGAAUAUUGCUAAACACAAACAUACACAUACAAAAAAAAAAACUGUUCUGGAACUUUCUUUGUUGCUGCUAGUUAAAACUUGUUGCAACUUUUCACUUCUCUCGUGUCCAAGUAUGCAGCAAAAUUCUGCGGUUCACCUUUAAAGAUACUAUUGGUUUUCUGAUGCUCUCCGGCCUAUUUUCUAUAAGAUGUAGUGAUGAACUCUGAUACAGACUUCAGUCCUAGCCUGGUUCUGCUUUGAAGUCAAGCUUCCCUUCCCCUCUUUCCUCCUUAUCCAUCUCUUCCAAGUGGUCCAGAGAUGGCCUGAGCCUUGCUUCUCACUGGUUAAUGUGGGUCUGUGGAGAUGGGAUGGUGGCCAUGGUGAGCCUUGUUUGACUGCUCCAAAGUUGAAGAGCCACGGUUGGUUAAGAGCAUGUUGUGACCUGACUCCUGGAAGUGACAGAGUGAGCAGCAGGUCGUGCCACUUACUAGGACUCUUAGUGCAGGAUGAAGCUUGUAGCAUUGGCUUUGCUCAGAUGCAAAUGGAAGUGUGACCACAAUCAUUUUGAAUCCCUCCUCCUCACUUUUUUUUCUAAGAAAUAAACAUUUUACUGUUUUUAUGUAUCCUUGUCUUCUCCCAUUCAUCCAGGUUAAAAUCUCCCCUUUUAAGAUGACCCUAAGUGUGGAAGUUAAGUGUUCCUUCACAGUGACACUGAUGAGUGGCCUGAAUGGCUCCCCACCCUUCUCUUGAUAUCUGCCCUGGUUUGGAAGGGCUGUGAGUGCUCAGAAGAGAUGAAGGGACGACCCUGUGACUUCUUAGGGCUGGAAACCACCGUGACUUUUGGUUUUAUUAGGUAUUAAAGCACGCUGUUUUCUGACUCUCCCCCUUCAAAAUGCUACGUGAGCCUGGCCACGUCCUUCCAUUGUGUUUCCAGCACCAGUAGUAUGGGUGAAAGGUGACUGCCUAAAGGAAAACUGGACAGUCACACGGUCAUGCCAUUUGGAGAUGUGGAAGCCAAAAGUCCCUGGUGGUGGGGAGUGUUGACUACGUGUUCAGUAGAGUUUAUUUUUCCAUACUAUAUGAAGAGAAUGGUCUCUUCUCAAAGACAGAAGUAAUAUUUUUAACAAAUAUUGUCACAAGUAAAUAGCAAUCAAAAGGAGAAAAUAACUUUUGUAUUUUUUUAUCAUGUUUGAUAGCUUUGACGAGGGUUCUCUUUGUUACUUUCAGGGGAGGGCACCCUAUUCAAUGCCAUGCCAGCAUGCCAGCAGUCCAGGGUUGGGUUUACCCUACACACACACACACACACACAGGAAUGCUGUGUUUUUCACUUUGAGGGUUGUGAGUUUCAGGGCCUCACUAUCAGCCACACUGCCACCUUUGGAAGGUGGAACAGUUACCAGAGGGACAGUUACGAUGUUCCCAGCUGUCAGAAGGUGUCCGCCACAGACUAGAAUCGGGAGCUAAAUUGGUUCUUGCCGAAAUGAGCCUUGACUUUUAAAUCUGUCCACAGAAUGUCAAGAUCUCCUGUUAGGCCCAGGGCGGCAAAAGUGAGGGAGAGAAAAUGCAGCCGAGUGCUGUGGAAAAUGGACCCGAGUGUAAGCAACAAAACCCCGUAAUUCUUGCAGCCAGCAGCGGCUAUUUUGGGGAGCAGCUGUGGCUGUUACAUAAAUAGAGUUGCAGCCAGAAGCUAAGGCUUUUUUAUCCAGCUUCAAGCAGAAAAAUGCAGGGAGAGUCAAGUAGUCUAGGGUUUUAAGUUCCCUCCCCUUGUACGGUUUUGGCCAAAGGACGAAAAUAGUUUUCCUCAACUGUAAAUGAACUGCUAAGCCCCACCUCAGCUUGUUCACUGGAGACUUUGUUCGCUGUUCUGUGGAUGGCCUUUUCCGGAUUCUCAUGUUCUUACCGCACAAGAACGAGACGAAUGGUAACGUCUUCCACGUGACUCCUCUACUCGGUGUCUAAGACAGUGUCUUCCCAGAACGUCAACACCCUCAACCCGGAGAUGAAACACCCGUGUCUUUUGCCUCAGUCACGUUUAGCAUUUUUGGAUGUUACCCAUGUCUCUUGGGAACCUGACUUUCGAGUGUUAAUAAAACCCUAAGAACUGUUUAGGAAGCAGCGGUUGUCACAGUUCUGUCUCCUGUGUUUCACACUGGAUACCUCCUCGCUGUACAGAAGUGAUUUCAUCUUCAGACACGUUUGGUACCUCUAGAAAUAGGUCCAAGAAAUGGGAUGGUUGAGUGGGUUGGCAUGAAAUGGCUUAACUAUGUUAGCAACACACAAAACUGUCUGUUUUCCAUUUGUUGGUUUGAAUCAUAAAAUUGUCAAGUGAUUUGUGUUUGUACUUUAUUUUUCUAUACCUUCUGGAAGGAUCUCAGUUAAAAAUAGCCACUCCACCCCCCACAUCAGGACUUAAUGGGAAGAAUUAAUCCAGUAUAUCUGCUGGUACAUCUUGCUAGUUGUCACGUCUGUAGGACUUGGCAGUUGGAAGGACGGGGGAAGGGAAGGAAUUGGCCUGGUGGGUGCAGGAAGAAAACUGUUGAAAAUGGACAGGAAGCUGAUUUGAAGAGCCUUUGUGGAGGGUCUAUGUGCUAGCUAGGGCAGUUUGUCUAGUGGCCAGGGGGUGGAGCGGGUCUGCUGGCGAGAUUUGCAGCUGGGUUACACACGUCUCGUAUCUUCCAAGCCGUAGAGUUGUAAAGGCUCAGCCGUGUGUGCGCAGCUUUCUUUUGCUUGGCAGAGAUUCAGGAUCAUGGAGUACCGCUCUCAUAAUUGAGUACGUGUUUCUUGCUGGCAGACAGACUCAAAAGACGCUUUUACCUCCACGAGGCCUCCUAGCCUCGGGCGUAAGUGGGAGCAUAGAGUGACAUUAUGGUCUAUUUAGGGACAAAGAAGGGACAAAGUCCAGAAAUGAGAAAACUAGGUCAGCCCCCAGAAACAGCCACACUCCUGUCUGCUGUGCCCGGGGUGACUCAAGUAAGAAACGCGUGGCCCAGGAAUAGCCUUGGUUCCCAGCCCCCUAGCGCCUGUCUGUUCCUCCACUGUGAGGCAUAAAGGUUCUCUGUGUCGUGGGUGUACCCAAGCACCAAGUGGCCAUGCCAGAGAGAUGGCAGCCCAGAAUGGUAAGCCUCACCCCUAGCUCCCAGGUGGAUGGCCUCCUACACUGAGUUACAACUUCGUCCUCCGCCCACCCUCAUCACCAUCUUUUUUUUCUGUUCCAGCAGGAAUGGUCCUGCAGCCCUGCUAAAAGAGAAUAUACCUCUCCUGAAUACCUCACUCACCUAAGUGCGGGUUGGCAGAGUGAUAAGUCCUGUUUAGACGCUGGGUGAGAAUUUAAAAGUUGCUCCAUCUCUGCUGGUCCCAAGAAAAGACACUUCAUUAAACAUCUUUGUUUUGCAAUAAGAGGAAAUAUCACUUUCUUAAUCCUGGAGAAUACAAAGAGUCUAGACUUUAAAAUCCAGAGAUUUUCAUUAUAAAAGAUAUAACAAUGGAUAUUGAAAUCCUCUCCCUUAGGCUUCUCUCAAAAGCAAGAGGUGGGGGCAGCAUCACAUUGUACUCUGUAAUUUUACAUAAGCUCUGCCUUCCUUGCUUUUUCCACCAGAAAGUUGUCUCUGAGAUGUGAAGCAUUACUCCUUUUUAGAAGUUGCUCUCUUUGUUAAGUGGCUUAAAACUCCAGUAGAAGAACAAGGCAUGGUCAGUGGGUAGGGAAUAUGUGUUUUAAAGGCAUAAUGAAAAGACAGUUGGAAGAGGGCCUUCAGGAUGUCAUGGGUGGUCGGCAGAUCCCAGUGUGCCUCUUCCAAGCUGGGAGAGCCCUCUGCCAUUGCUCUGAGCUUGGGAUUCCUUGAGUAAGGUCUGUGGAUCACUUUUGCAGACAAACAGGUGCCUUCCUCUAAUGGGGAAGACGCCUUUGAUUUCCACAGUCGCCUUUUCUAUUGUCGUGUCUCCAGAAAGAAAGAAAAAUCACAAAUCUGUGGGAGAAUACAUGUCUCUUGUGACAAACCGUGGGGCCCAUUGGUGUCGCCAUGGUUUUUAGAGGAUCCUCUGUCAUAUCUGAGAGCUGAUUUUACCUUGAGUGGGAAGAGGAAAGGGAACUAAUAGUCAGUGUUUGUGCUCACUCCACGCCAGAUGCUGCCCUCAGUAUUCUGUCUUUAGCUCGUGUAUUCUUCAGAACAAACCAUUUACCACACACACACACACACAUGCACACACACAUCAUGUUCUAAGUAGUGUGUCCUACAUGUUGAAUUCCUCUGUCCAUGAUGGUCAUGUUAAAAGAAGGAAAAAUAUCAUUCAAGUAUAUAAUUACUAUUAUUAUUGCACACCUUGCAACACUGUGAAGGAAAAAAAAAAGCCUUUUUGGGAACCCAUCUUCUAGAGUCUGUCUUUGGCUCCUUACCAGCUUGCUGUCCUCAUGGGGAGUCUUUCUUGGCCUUCACUAAUCCUACAAGUGUCACACAAACCCUGAGAGGCCGCUGGUGACAGAAGAGCUUUGGGGCUCAGAGGGAAAGACUUUGGGGGAUUUAGACACAUCUUUUCAGCUUCUGAGGAAAGAUGCAGCCUGCACCGUGUUUUGGGUGCUCUUCCCUGAUUUUCCUAGGCUUGUUUCUUCAGAAUAAGAAUAAUUUGAAAGAUAAAAGCCUCACCUUUGCAGAGAGAUCUGAGAGGCUCUGAGGAGGAAAGGCAAUGCCUGGACCACUGACUUACGUGGAAAUUCUUUCUAGUGGCCUACGCUUGGAUGUUUCUCUUUCUGAUUGCUGGGCUAGGGGGUCUGUAUUUUUCCAGGCUCAUUUAAGCGCCACACCCAGAGGUGACUCUCAGUGGUGACCUAGAGAGAGUCACUGUGGUCCAAGGUCAGGUCAGCCCAGGAAUUCCACAGAGUUCACCUCCUUGCUCUGUAAAAUCCGCAGGGUAAAAGAUGAGCCAUCUCUGCAGCAGUUGGUGAAGGUGCUACCUGGAGGGGACCGGCAGACGCCCCCCUUGACUCACACAGCAAGAUCCCAAAGAAUUUCUUGCCCAAGUUCCUUGGGAAGUAGGUUCCCCAGGAUCCUGGUUGCUUCUAACCUAGCAACUUCUAGAUUCCUUCUGGGCAGUGUGGGAACGGCUCUUAGCUCUUGGAAGCCAGAGAAAUUCCUAAGUCAGGACGGUCCCACUAGGCUGAAGUCUCCUGUAUGACAUUGUCUCUUGCCCUGAAUCCAUUCUUCGUUCCUUCUCAAGGAUUAUUUUUAGAUAAAGCCCUUGGAUUUGACUGAAUAAGAUUUAAAGUAAAAAGAACAGCAGAAACUUAGUGAGACCUGCCUUCAGCUCUCCGGGGUUGAAAAUCAGACCGUAGGGCUACUUGGCUCAGACCCAGGAGUUUAAAAAAAAAAAAAAAAAAGGCAGUCCCUGGCUUGAUAUUUCAGUGCAGACAUUUAGGGGCCCUUCCCCUUUGACAGGCAAGUGAGCAAAGAGAAGUUUUGUUGGAGAUUACAAGUCUUAUUUUUUUCCAUCCAACGAAAGAUGUAAAGUCAUAAAGAUCUGCUUUGCUGGCUCAGACCCAGG